UCCAAAGAGAAUUUAUUUAAUCGACCGAAGCGGCGGCGCGAUGCGUUGAUAAUUUAUUAUUCUGUAACGGAAAAGCGGUGGCCGGCCUAUUGUGUUUUGAUAUCCGGUGCAUUAUACAUUUUAUAAUUUACAUUUAGUGUAAAUGAAAUUGUUUUAUAGACAAUAAUUAUCUAAUUCUAUAUGCCAAUCUGUGAUCAAGCAGUCACUCGAACAUAACAAUGAGUACCACUGAUAUAAAUAAAGUAGACAAUGAAGAUGACAACAAAAUAUCCAGUGAUAAGUUGCAAAUUGAGGCUGAAGAGAAGGAAAUGAUGCUGAAAGUAGAACAGGCUGCUGAAGAUGAGGUGGAACUCCGUAAUGAUGAGGGCCCAGUGAAGAUAGCUCUCUCCGGUGACAUAACUGAACAAGGUCGUGAAGUUAAACCAAAAUUUAUACCUAUUGGUGCCAUUAAAAUGCCUGGAUUCUUUACAAGGAACUCUGACAGGGAGAAGUCAAAGGAAGAGGAAGCAAUUGAAAAAGAUACAGACAAUGAAAAGAAUCCUGAAAAAACUGACGAAGAGUCCAAAUCUAAACAGCGUUUCCAGUUUUUACAAACUUGCCCAUUUACCAAAUUCCUUAAGCAGCCUCAAAAGGAAGAGGGUGAUAACACUGGACAGAAGAAAAAGUUUGGUGUAUUUACAUUUAUGUAUCCAAAGAUGUUUCAAAGACGCUCUGCCGGUGCUGCUGAAGCCACUCUUGCUUCAAUGGAGACUCUGGAAGACAAACUUGACACACCUAAUGAUGGAAUGGAGAAUGUUAAACUAGAUAUUGUUGACGAUGAGAAAGAUGGUAAAGUAGCCACGAGACUGCCUCUGACAGAAAGAAUUCGACAAAAGAAGUUUAUAAUAGACGAUUUGAUGGUGGUUGGAGUGACGCUGCUAGUGCUGCUGGCCGUCAUCGUUGGGAUAGUGAUCGGCGCGCGCUCCGGCCCGCCCGCCGAGCGCCCCCUGCGCCUCGGACGGUUCAUCACCACACAGACUUCAUGCGGACUGAUUGAAGGAAUUCUGGACGAUGGGGUCUACAAUUUCUUUGGUAUACCAUAUGCAACUCCUCCAGUGGAAGAAAAGAGAUUCACAUACGCAUAACCAUUGAACAACAUAUCAAUGUGUUGGAACGGUACACUAGAAGUGCACGAGCCGGGGCCACUGUGCCUACAAUUUUUGGAAAACGGAACCACCAUUGGAGACGAAGAUUGUCUGACUCUGGACGUUAUAACCCCCCAUGUGAGGUAUGAUUCGCCGCUGCCUGUAGUCGUGCUGAUAGGUGCCAACACUCUCGCGGGAGGCAUCAGCCCCGCCCAGCCCUCCGCUAUGUACGCACGUACUAAAGAGGUUGUCUUCGUACGCCCGAAUUUCAGGCUCGGUUCAUUUGGGUUCCUAGCUCUAGAUAUUCUGUCCAACUCUAAAUACCCGCCGACUUCUGGCAACUACGGUCUAAGUGAUCUCCUCGUUGCGUUGAAGUGGAUACAGAAUAAUAUCAAACACUUCGGAGGCGACCCUGAGUCGGUGACUCUGCUCGGACACAGAGCUGGGGCCACCCUGACCGCUGCCCUGACGACCGUGCUCAACGCUCACAAACUGUACUCGCGCGUGUGGCUCUCGUCGCCUUCCGUCAUCUUCCCCGGGAAACCCUUGGAGCAAACGCAGAAGAGCAACGAUCAGUUCAAACAGAUCAGCAAGUGCAACGACGUUGAGUGUCUGCGUCGCAUAUCCGCGCUGGAGGUGCUGACCGCGACGCCGGACACGUGGCUCGGGAGCGACGUCAGCACUCUGCCCACGUCCGACGAAUCCAAACGUUCGUGGCUGGUGCUCGACGGACACUACCUGCGCACGCACGCGUACGAACGUUGGGACGCACAGAAGGAAGCCAAGAAUAUCGGCAAAGAGAAAAUGUUCAAACCGAUGGUGUUCGGAACGACGCAACACUCGGGCCACUCUGAGCUGCUGAGAAUGAAACAUCUGAAUUGGUCGGCUGAGAUUGUGGAGAAAAUGGUGAACGAGAGCUAUCUGGGGGAGAAGAAUUUGACGGAGGACGUGUUCAAGAUCUUCGACAAGUCGUACUCGGGGCUGGUGGAGCUGAUCUCGUCGGUGCGCACGCUGUGCCCGCUGGUGAGCCUGGCGCGGCUGCGGCUGGGCGCGCCGCUGUACGUGGCGCUGGGCGCGGGCGCAGGCGGCGGGGCGGCGGGCUCCGGCCUGGCCGACGUGGACUCCGACAUCCAGGCCAUCCUCGGCACCUUCGACUCCGUCAUGCCCGAGCAGCGCCGCUUCAUGGCGGCCAUUCAGCAACUGUUCUACUACUACGUGUGGAACGGCAGACUGCCGGGCGAGCAACACGACCUGAUAGCGGUGGGGCAAGACUUCCUGCCACACCGGGGGCUGCCGGAGUGCGAUUUACUGAUACAGAAAGACGUAGUACCGAGGUACGCGCACGUCGAUUGAAUACUGCUGAGUUUUAUAGAAUCUUUACAUUUCAUUGUGUGUAACUUGAAACUUAGUUUUUUUUUCCGAUAUACUUUUUAUGUGGAUGUAGCUUUUUCUGUACUUAGCAUGCACUGUGUUCGCAGACGAUGACAUUGUAAUCUUUAUAAUACUCAGAUAGAUAUGUUUGUAAUGAUUUUGAUACUGUUUUAGAGAGUGUACCGUUUAUCGUGGAAUUAUUUACUAAGAUAAUAAGACUGAUUUUCGAAUCCCAUCAAAACACGAUGAUCUCAUGUCAACAUUUAACUAUAGUCGCUUUAAUGUUUUAUGUACCAUCUGAAAUUAAUGUAAUACUUGUAGUUAGUUUUAUUACUUUUAUAUAUAGGUGUACUUUAUACUCAUUGUAAAAUAGUUUGAUAAGAGUCGUAAGUGAUAGACAACGUUUCCAAAAACCAAGGCUCCAUAGUCAUAUUUGUAGUGUUAAGAUGGUAUUUCAUAUCUACAGUAAUAGUGAUUUACUUUAAAGUCUGAUGAUCCAAAGAAUAAAUUGUGGAUAAUUUUUGUAUUGAUAAAGGUUAUAGCAAACAUGUCACCUUGGAAAUGAGUCAUUGACUAAAUCAUAUACUCGAGUCUUUUAAUAUUCUUUGUAUGGUCUAAAUGUCUAAUAAUACUUACACAUAUUACCCACAUGUAAACUUAAUAUAUAAGCAGCAACCAAAGAUAACAUUUAGUCAGUGUCUCGGUAAAGUAUCUUCUACCUAUUGAAAGUUCUGAUCACACACUAAGCUUUGCAAGCAAGGCACAGGGCAAUAUUUAGAUUUUAUACAAAUAACUUGUAAACGGUUCAACUUGAAUCUGUUUCCGAAUUGGUAUAUCUGCUAUAACCUAAAUGGUAUGAGUGCGUAGUGACUUCUAAAAAUUUGUGUGAAUUAAUAGCAAUAAGUAGGUAUUUUAAUUAACCAUGACAUGACCCCAAGUAUUAUUAUAUUACAUCUUGCCAUUAUUAUUAUAUAGAAAUGAAAUUUGCCAGAAAUGAUUGGAUGUAUUUAUUUUUAAAUGCUUAGAUUUAAGAUUGUUUUGCACGAGAUCUGAAUCUCAAUGAAACUGUGCAUAUGUGUUGAUACCAGUUAAUAGCUAGAUCAAGACUGGCAUUUUACUCAAGAUUUCAAUGAAUGAACUGCACAUGCUGGGUAAUUUAAUUUCUUAGAGUUAGUAGUUUGGUAGCUUCGUUUUGUUAAUUGGUAUAUGAAAUAUAUUAUGUAUGAGGCUACAAA